AUGCGCGAGAUCGUCCACAUCCAGGCUGGCCAGUGUGGCAAUCAAAUUGGAUCCAAGUUCUGGGAAGUGAUCUCCGACGAGCAUGGUAUCGAUCCAUCCGGACAAUACGUUGGCGAUUCGGAUCUUCAGUUGGAACGUAUUUCUGUGUACUACAAUGAAGCUGGACAAAAUAGAUAUGUUCCCAGAGCCGUAUUGGUAGAUCUUGAGCCGGGCACAAUGGAUUCAGUACGUGCAGGACCAUUUGGCCAGUUGUUCCGCCCGGAUAACUUUGUUUUUGGUCAAUCAGGUGCCGGUAAUAAUUGGGCGAAAGGUCAUUAUACUGAAGGUGCUGAGCUGGUUGACAAUGUACUGGACGUUGUUAGAAAGGAAGCAGAAAGUUGUGAUUGCCUUCAGGGCUUCCAAAUGACACAUUCAUUAGGCGGUGGAACUGGAUCUGGUAUGGGUACAUUGUUGAUCUCAAAAAUUCGUGAAGAAUAUCCGGAUCGUAUUAUGAACACAUUCUCUGUGGUGCCAAGCCCUAAGGUUUCGGACACGGUAGUGGAACCAUACAACGCCACACUUUCCGUACAUCAACUUGUGGAGAAUACCGACGAGACCUUCUGCAUUGACAAUGAGGCGCUGUACGACAUCUGUUUCCGCACUCUAAAGCUCACGACUCCAACUUAUGGUGAUCUCAACCAUCUUGUCUCAGCUACGAUGAGCGGUGUGACAACAUGUUUACGUUUUCCGGGUCAGUUAAAUGCUGAUCUUCGUAAACUUGCCGUUAACAUGGUGCCGUUCCCACGUCUUCACUUCUUUAUGCCAGGAUUCGCUCCGUUGACAUCCAGAAGCAACCAACAAUAUCGGGCUGUGUCUGUGGCAGAGUUAACUCAACAGUGCUUUGACGCUAAAAAUAUGAUGGCAGCCUGUGAUCCUCGUCAUGGAAGAUAUCUCACAGCUGCCGCAAUCUUCAGAGGUCGAAUGAGCAUGAAGGAGGUUGACGAGCAGAUGCUCAAUAUCCAAAACAAAAACUCAUCUUACUUUGUGGAUUGGAUCCCGAAUAACGUAAAGACUGCCGUUUGUGAUAUUCCUCCACGUGGUCUCAAAAUGUCAGCAACGUUUAUCGGCAAUUCCACAGCUAUUCAGGAGCUAUUCAAGAGAAUUUCCGAACAGUUCACUGCCAUGUUUCGUCGAAAGGCGUUCCUUCACUGGUACACCGGUGAGGGCAUGGAUGAAAUGGAGUUCACCGAAGCUGAAUCGAAUAUGAACGACCUCGUCUCUGAAUAUCAACAAUACCAAGAAGCCGCUGCCGAUGAGGAAGCUGCAGAAGCGUUCGAAGCCGAGUAG